UUCACCAUCGCCUCUCCUAUUCACCUGGACGAGCUACACCUUUGCAGGAGCACCAUGUCUUGCUCAACUCGCGUCUCCUCCUCCAGGGCUGGAGGCAGCAGCUCCAUCAAAGUGUCUGGGGGUGGAAGCAGCUUCAGCAGCAGAAGCAGAUGUGGUCUGGGGGGUGGCUCUGCCCAGGGCUUCCGAGGAGGAGCCAGCAGCUGUGGCCUGAGUGGGGGAUCUAGCAGUGGAUUUGGUGGCAGCUUUGGAGGAGGCAUGAGUAGCUGCUCAGUAGGGGGAGGUUUUGGAGGAAUCUCAGGCUCUGGGGCUGGCUUUGUUGGGGGUUCUGGAUUUGGUGGGGGGUCUGGAUUUGGCGGGGGUUCUGGAUUUGGCGGUGGUGCUAGCGGAGGCUUCUACAGCUAUGGUGGUGGAAUGGGUGGUGGUGCUGGUGGUGGUAUUGGCGAUGGGGGGCUUUUCUCUGGAGGUGAAAAACAAACCAUGCAGAACCUCAAUGACCGCCUGGCCAGUUACCUGGACAAGGUUAGGGCCCUGGAGGAAGCAAACACUGAUCUGGAAAACAAAAUCAAGGAGUGGUAUGAAAGAUUUGGGCCUGGGUCUGGAGAUGGUGGAUCUGGAAGAGACUAUAGCAAGUACUUUCCAGUAAUAGAAGAUCUGAAGAAUCAGAUCACUAGUGCCACCAUUGAAAAUGCUGGGAUCAUUUUGCAAGUUGAUAAUGCCAGACUGGCUGCUGAUGACUUCAGAAUGAAGUAUGAGAAUGAGCUGCGUCUCCGGCAGAGUGUGGAGGCCGACAUCAACGGCCUGCGGAGGGUCCUUGAUGAAAUGACCAUGACUCGCUCUGACCUGGAGAUGCAGAUCGAGAGCCUCAACGAGGAGCUGGCCUACAUGAAGAAGAACCACGAGGAGGAAAUGAAGAGUUUGCAAGCAAGCUCUGGAGGAGGCGUGACUGUAGAAAUGAAUGCUGCCCCAGGAACCGACCUGACCAAAUUACUGAAUGACAUGAGGGCACAGUACGAGGAACUGGCUGAGCAAAACCGCCGGGAGGCCGAGGAGCAAUUCAACAAGCAGAGUGCAUCACUGCAAGCACAGAUAUCUACUGAUGCUGGGGCGGCCAAUUCUGCCAAGAGUGAGGUAACAGAACUGAGACGCACCUUGCAAGCCCUGGAAAUUGAGCUUCAGUCCCAACUGGCCAUGAAAAACUCCCUGGAAGGGACACUGGCUGACACAGAAGCUGGCUACAUGUCUCAGCUAUCAGAAAUACAGAUGCAGAUCAGCAGCCUGGAGGAGCAGAUCUGCCAGAUCCGGGGCGAGACCGAAUGCCAGAAUGCAGAAUAUGAGCAACUGCUAGACAUCAAGACGCGUCUGGAAAAGGAGAUCGAGACCUACCGUCGCCUGCUCGAUGGAGAGGGAGGUGGUUUUGGAGGAUCUGAUUACAGAAACUCAGGAUCCCAAAAUACAAGUUCCAGAAACAGAGGAUCCAGGGAUUUGGUCUCUGGUGACUCAAGAUCUGGAAGCUUUGCUGGCCAAGGAAGAGAUUCUAACAAGACUAGAGUGACUAAGACCAUCAUAGAGGAUGUGGUGGAUGGCAGAGUUGUCUCAUCUCAAGUCAGCAAUGUUUCUGAGGUGAAAGUUAAAUAAGCACUUUCCAGAUCAAGAGUGUCCUUUCAAACAAAAAAUCAAGGACACCAAUGAAGAAAUGGCAUCACUCUGGACAUCAUCCUGGAUAACUUCAGGGAAAUUUUUCAGUCCAGAAAUAGAUAACUAGCCAAUUUUUCUGCAUCCUCUUCUUUUCUUAUUAGAAUGCUCUUGAAAAAGUCAAAAUGACAGCUUUGCUCUAAU